AUGAAACCGUCGGUCAACAUGCUCAAGCAGGCCGUUUCCAGCGCCGUCAAGGCUCAGGUGCCCGUCAUCGACGCCUCUCCGUCGUACAUCCCCAACGCCAACUUCGCCAAGCUGCCCCAGAAGCUGCAGGACUUUUUCCAGCGGUUCCCUCCCCAGCCAUUUGUCAACUACUCGGCCAAGAAGGGGUUCAAGGACGCCCCCAACGCCAACCCCUUCCUGCCCAACAAGUCGCGAGUCACCAACAAGACCCACAAGCCUCUGUACUCGCUGAGACGACAGUCGGACCUGUACAAGCUGGCCCAUAAGCACGGAGUGCACGAGCUGCUUCCUCCCAUGGAAAAGACCUUCUUCGAGACCCGACACGAGCAGGCCAAGCCUCUGAUUGGCGAGAUGGUGUGGAAGAAGCAUAUCCGAGAAAAGACCAAGGAGUCGCGAAAGGAAAAGAUUGCCAAGGCCUUGGAGACCAUGGACGAGAAGAUUGCCGAGGCAAAGGGAAAGAAACACUGGGAGAGAUUGGAGCGACGGGAGCGAGAGAAGAAGCAGUGGGUUUAG